CUUCUUUUACAUCAAAUUAUCCCAAAAUCUCCACAAAAAAUCAUCAAAAUUACAAAAUUUGUUCAAAAAAAAAUCAAGAAAAUGGGUUAUUACUCAGAUUCAACUGAACCCCAUUACCACAAAACACACAAAAUCUUCCUUUUUUGUAACUACAUUCUUCUUGGUGCAUCCUCUAGCUGCAUUUUCUUAACUCUCUCCCUCCGAUUAAUCCCGUCUCUCUACGGAUUCUUAUUCAUCCUCCUCCACAUCCUCACUAUAGGUGGCGCAGUCUUUGGCUGCGCCACUGUGUCAGCAUCCUCAUCUGAGGGUGCUGACAAUAAAGGGUACGGAGCACACAUGGUGUCCUCCGUACUCACAGCAAUUUUCCAAGGCUCUGUUUUCGUGCUGAUAUUCACGAAAACAGGGGAUUUCCUUGGAAAAUUGAAUUCGUAUGUUAGAGAAGAAGAUGGUGUUAUGAUUUUGAGAUUAGCCGGUGGAUUAUGUGCUUUGAUUUUUUGUCUUGAAUGGAUUGCUCUUACACUUGCAUUUUUCUUGAAAUAUUAUGCUUAUGUUGAAGGAAAUAAUGGGAAUCUUGCAAUGAAGAAUAGAGGUAAAGUUUAAGAUAAAGAAGAUGUCAAGAAUUGGCCAUGGUCAUUUCAAGUUUAAGUAGAAAAAAAAGUGGCUAUUUUUUGCAAAUGUGAAAUUCUAUUUUAUCAGUUAAUUUAUUGAUUUAAUUUGAUUUGUUGUUGUAAUUUGAUUGGAUCUUGACUUUGGAAGGUCUAUUUUAUAUUAUGUGUGUGUGUGUACUUUGUAUAAUGAAGAAAAGUGGUUAUUUUUGCAAA